AUGCCUGUGCAACAUUCACAUUUCAACGAGUAUACAGACGUUCGCCUAGUUGGAAACUUUGCUGUGCUUCCGUUGAGGACCAGAGUUAGAGGGCCAGCGUAUCCAACGGACGAUUACGACGUGUUGGAUGAGGUCGUGGACUUGUUCCGCGUAAACUCAUUCUUCCGAAACUUUGAGAUUCUCGGCCCUGCAGAUAGAACACUUAUCUAUGGAAUUCUGUUUAUCAGCGAGUGCUUGGCUAAAAUUAAAUCUAGCACCUCGCUCAAUGAGGCGAACAAACAGCUCAAUGUUAUUGCUACAGACAACUUCUCGAUUCCAGGCGAGCCGGCCUUCCCUUUGAAUUCCAUUUACACUCCUCCUUCUGACCGGAACGAUGCGGAGUUUUUGCGAACCUACCUUUCGCAAUUUCGCCAGGAGCUUGCUAGUCGCCUGCUAGCGCGUGUUUAUAGCGACCCUCAGGAGCCGCCUUCAAAGUACUGGUUGGCUUUCAGCCGCAAACGGUUUAUGAACUUGGCUUUGAAAUAA